GGCCCAGCUUCCUCUCUGCGAGGAACACUUUCACUUCCUGUACUCCAAGCCUCCCCUCCGAGAACAGAGGCCAGACCAUGGCUCAUGGGCUUCCCACAUCCUGAGGAUGGCACAGAUAGAGGACAACGGCCUUGCAGCCCCUACCGAGGGGCAGAGGCUGACCCCAUCUCAGGCAAAUGGAACAGGCGAGACUCCCCUCAGGGUCCUCAGCACCCCAGAGGCACUUCUUCGCCUGUGGAGGACAUGUGGGGUGUGGCAGGUUCCAGAGCUGGAUCCUCAGGGCGCAGAGGCACUGGUGGAGCUGUGGCCCCUGGGGAGUUUCCUGGUCAUAGGACAUGACCCCAGGCAGGUCCUGGUGUUGAAGACGGGCCCUUCAGUGGGAGAAGUCAACACCUACCAGAUCCAGAAGUUUCCUGGAGGUGUGUCUCUGGAAUCCUCUAAUCUCUGCAUGCCUGACCUGCCCCAUCUCCUGGCCUUCCUGUCAGCUAGCAGAGAUGUUCUGCCCAGAACGCUGCUCUUGCCCCCUCCCACUCUCCGACAGGGUGAUGAGCACUCAGGCCCUCUGCAGAUUAACAGGGUACAGCUGGACCCCUCAGGGGGGGUGCUCUCAGUGGUCAACCAGCUCUACCUGGAGACCCACAGAGACUGGGAGAUGGAGCAGACCCCUCAAGAGAAGGAGCCAGAGACGGCCCAGGGACUCAGUCCAGCCCCCAGGAACCCCAUCCCACACAGGGUGUCCUGGGUGGAAGGCCCACUCAGCCCAGAAGUGUGCAGAGCUGGGCCAGCCCUGACCAGCGUGGUGGAGGAGCAGGAGGAGGACGUGGACUACAAAGAGGAGGAGGGCCCUGAGGAUGUCCUCACUGCUCACGUCCGGGCUCUGGUCAGGGCCCGCAGCAGCUACGUGGCCAAGCAGUACCGAGGCCUUCGGGCUCGCCUCACCUCAGAAUCCGGAAGUCCCCACAGGCCGGGGGACCCCGCCACAGAGCUGCUGCAGGAUGUGCGACAGCUCCUGAUGGACCUCCAGGAUCACCUGGCAAAGGACCCUGACGUCAGGGCUGUCUUUGGUAGCAAGGGGCCUGGGGUCCCCCAGAAGGACGAGGAUCUUGGCCCAGCGGUGGAGGAGGCCGUGUGCCGAGCGGUCCUGGCGCCCCUGAAGCCUGCCCUGUGGAGGCGGCUCCGCACGUUGCGCGCCCAGGAGCUGCGACGACUCCGGCGGAGACAAAUAGCCCUGCGGGCGGAGGCGGGGCCUCCGGGAGCUCAGGGGGCGGAGCCUGAGGGACAAAGCCCCGCCCCCGCCCUGCGGAGCCGCAUCCACGCGCGUCUUGCCAACCUCCACGCCGCCUGCGCCCCGCGCCGCAAGAUUGCUCUCCUGCUGGCGGUUUGCAGUGACGUCUACGCGGGCCUGGUUUCUGGCGAGAACCAAGAGCCCCAGGGCGCCGACGCCUUCCUGCCGGCCCUGACCGAGGAACUGAUCUGGAGUCCGGACAUUGGGGAGACGCAGCUAGACGUGGAGUUUCUGAUGGAGCUCUUGGACCCGGACGAGCUACGGGGAGAAGCGGGGUACUACCUGACCACGUGGUUUGGUGCGCUGUAUCACAUUGCCCACUACGAGCCCGACGCAGGCCGUGCACCCCAGGGACUGAGCUCUGAGGCCCGUGCCUCGCUACGUCAGUGGCACCGCAGGCGGACUCUGCACGGACAGGACCAUCCUGGAGCCCAGGUUCAAACUGGUCGUCCUUGGAAUGGACACGGAGGCAGCCGUCAACCCCCCUGGCUGGGAUUGGUGACUCUGAUGGCCGGCCGGGCUGCCCUCUCCACGAUGGCCUCGCGGUUCUUGGAGGAGACGUCGUGGACGAUCCCAGUAAGACUUAUUGCACAUCAGCACUUCCAGCUCCUUGACGUUGUGGACCAGGAACUUCCGGAAGCCACCGGGCAGCAAGUGCUUCGUUUUCUCGUUACUGCGGUAACCGAUGCUGGCCAUCAAGAUCUGGCCCUUGAAUCUUCCUCUGCACCCUGUUGUCAAUCCCUCUGGGUUUCCGCCAGUUGCGCUUAAUUUUGACAUAUCGGUCUGACCGGUGCCCGAUGAACUUCUUGGUCCUCUUUUUGACGACCUUGGGUUUCACGAGGGGCCUGAGGGAGGCCAUUGACGCCGGGUAAGAGAUGCCGCCACCCCCACAGCGCCGAGGAAGAGAGAAGGAAGCGGAAAGGCAUGACGUUCUGAUUCUCCUCCUUGUGGGGUGCGGUCCAUGUCAGGUCCUCUGGGCACUGGGUUCUGCAGCCAGGGUCCCUCGAGCAUCCACUGGCUGUGCGUUGCUGCCAGCCUACCCUUCAAGUAGGUGAUCUCCCGGGUCUUCUCCGCCACUGCCCUCUCCAUAGCAUGAGCCCUGAGCCAGUCGUGAUGAGCCUUCUUGGAAAUGAUGAUCUCGUCUUGGAAGGCGGUCCCUUUUCUCUGCAUUUCUUCAGUUCUUUUCAUUAAGUUCUGGAUUUUUCCAGGAGCCAACUGACGUUUCUCCUCUGCCAGUGAUAGCUCUAUUUCUUUCUCUCUGAGCGGGUGUUCUUUCAUUAACAGCUUCUCUCCCGUGGCCCUCUGAGAUCUUCUGUAGGUUUCACAAAGAGUGUUUAAUUUCAUUUUUAGCGUUUCAAAUUCAGCAGCCUGUGCUGCUUUCAUAGACCUCACUGAAUUGCAGGUCCUUUUCCCUUUCUUUCAGGUUAUGCGUAGUGGACCUCAAGACUCUGAGCUUUGGAUCCUCACGUUGGUCAUUUAUAUUUCCUGACUCUGAAAAUCCUGAGGUGUCUGUUGAAGGGCCAUCUUCAAAGGUCUGUGUAGACUUUUCUUCCAAGAGCAAGCCUGAAGUUUUGACAUUUCCAACCCUCUUGGUUUGCAACUGAGAAUGUUUAUUUUGAAUGAUGUUGUUCAAAGCUCCUAUAGUUUUUUCACGUUUUGAAAUUAUCCUUCAAUUUGCAUGCCUCACUGAAGUGAUACGCUUAGUUUCUCGAAGGCCUUUUUUUUUGAUUCAGUGAUCUUUUGUUUCCAAAGAGUUCUUUUUUCCAAAAGUUCUCUGUGUUCCUUUGUAAAAUCGUCAAUGUGUUCAAAUAUUUGUCGUAAACUAAUUUCAUACAUGUGACACUUUACAAGAAGGAGAAUUAUCCAGAUGAAUAUGAAAAUUGCAGACAUCCCCAAGUAGGCAGCAAUAAUGACAUGCUUCCAAGGAAUUCUAAGACAAUCAGGAGCAAGCUUUUCCUUCCCUGGGUCCUCGGGAGGGAUGAAGCUGCUGUUUGCCUUGGGCACUGCAGAAAGUCCUGUGUCUGCUCCCCACAGAGUGACGUCCAUGCCCUGUGUUCCCAGCACUGGCCUCUGGAGCCUGUGUCCCUCUGGCAUCCUCUGACUGUGCACUGUCACCAACCUGUACUCCAAGUAUGAGGCCUCCCUGGGCUGCGUUGUCACUGCCCCCCUCUACAGCAGGAACCCUAAGCCAGUGGUCCUGAGCCAUUUUCUCAUAGAUGGUCUUCUGAUGUAGGAAGAUGGUCUCUAUUCUUUUCACCUCUUCUUGCAUUUCUGCAAUUCUUUUCUGUAAAUUCUUUAUUUCGUUAGAAGAAAGCUUUAAGAUCUCCCCUGUCUGCAAGAGCUCCUUCCCUUUUUCCAUCCAGUCACUACAUUUCAUUCGUGGCCUUUCAUCUAUGGGCUUCCUCUGUUGGGCAAUUUCAUAAAAAUUGUCUACUUUGAUGUUCCCAGUCUCGAAUUCAGCUUUUGCUGCCUUCACAGACUUCAGUUUCUAACAGAUGGCUUCAUGUUCCUUUUUCCUUUCUUCUAGUGUAUGUAUAGUGGGCCUCAGGGAGCUCAUCUUUGAAUCCUUAAGAUAGUCAUUUAUAUCUCCUGACUUAAAUUUACAUGAUUUAUUAUAGAGAUGAUUGGCCUCUUGGAGACAUCUCUUCUGAUUCCAAGCAGUUUUUCUAGAAUUUCUUUGUUCUCAUUCUUCACAUUAAUAAUUAUCUCAGAUAUUUCUUGUAACUUAACUUUAUACACGUGAGGAUUUGUAUUCACUUCUGUGUCUUGCAGACAGCUGAAAAGGACAGGCCAGAAGAGCAGAGUCCACAUAUCCAUGUUGGUCCCUGUAGGGUCCAGGAGUAGCCAAAGAGGAGGGGAUGGGCUAAGAGUGCAGGGGUAAUGGGGAGGCAUAGGAUGGGUUGGGGUAGGGGAAAGAAGGGGGAAGACUGCUUUUCUUGAAAUGAAAAA